GUUCCUCAACCAGCCAGCCUAGUGAGUCUCUCCUACUAUAUAAGCUCCCUCUCCCCAGCCUGCUCCCAUUUCUCAGUGUUUCUGUGUAUCUGGAGGAGCUUCCUGGGAUAUCAUCAUGAAGAUCCUGUUUGCAGCUCUCUUUGCUGUGUUUGUCCUGUCUAACUUUGACGUGGCGGACUCCUCUUCCUAUGAUAAGAUAGUCUACCACAGUAAAGUCAGGGCAAGAAAAGAGGGGUACGUUUAUUAUUUGUAACUGUUAUUAUCAUUAGUAGUAGUAUUGUUAUUAUUAUUGGUAUUAUUAUUGUUAUUAUUGUUAUUAUUAUUAUUAUUAUCUGAAAGACUUGCUCUGCAUUCACUGAUUUAUGCUGAUGUAUACACAUUCUCUACAAAAGUGUAAUGCAAAAGCUGUUUUUAAUCCAAACUUUUGCUGAGUUGAAACACUACUCUUUUUCUGCUUUUAUGAUAAUUUACGGAAACAAAUUCUAUCAGAGACUUUAAUUCUGAAUAUGAUUAUUUCAUAAUUGAUAUAUUGAUCAUGCUUUAAAGUUCACUAAACUACAUUUAAGAGCUAAUGUAAAGAACUUGCUAUGUCAGAUAAAUUUUUACGAAAGCAAAUAUUACCAAAUUGAAAAAACUGAAACAACUGUGAAUGUGAAAUAACGAUAAGAGAUCAAACAGAACUACAGUAUUUAUUACACGUUACACUGCAUGCAGAACACUGUAGCUAUUUCAGCUGUGUUCAUUUAACCAUCUGUCUCCUCUGUUUCCCUGGCGACCGUUAGACCCAACGUGUGCGCUCUGCAGCAGGUCAUGGGGACUAAGAAGAAGUACUUCAGCACGUGUCGUAAUUGGUAUCAAGGGGCCAUCUGUGGAAAGAAAGCGUAAGUGACGUUUAGUUCUUUUUUUAGGCUCCUCCUGGACACAUCCUUUCCUCUCGGUUCAAAUAUGAAUAAAAUGACACUGCUAGGUUUAGGGUCAGAGCUUUGAUAGGGACCUCUGUAAGGACCACAGAGGAUGUGUCCCAAAUGGCACUGUAUUACCUAUAUAGUGCACUACAUUUGACCAGAGUCCAUAGGGGGUCAUAGGCUUCUGGUCAAAAGUAGUGCACUAUACAAGGAAUAGGGUGCUAUUAGGGACACAGGCAUGGACCAAGGAAUGAUGUAGUCCCAUGUGCCACACAGAAAUGUCCAAAUGGACACAGGAUGAUCCCUAGUGCCAUGGAAACUCAUAUGGACCACAGAACCUCGGAGCAGAGCUUAAUAAUAACAAUAAUAAUUAAGUGGGUGCUUAUAAUUUUGUCCUUUUUCACACAUGUACAAGUAAGUGUGUAUUAAUAUGCAUGUGUGAAUUGGAAAUGUGUUUUUUUUGCAUAUCCCAACUCCCCCUGAGACACCCUCAGAGAGUGGGGUCACAGCGAGGGGUAACAUUCCCUCACUUGGAAGUCAGUGUAACAGAUUUAUGUGCCUUUCGUGAGGCUUUGAAUCAGUUCCAGAGUUCAAUAUGGUACGGAUUAUACGGGUUAUGUGUUAUGGUACGGGUUUUACGGGGUAUGUGUUAUGGUACGGGUUAUACGGGGUAUGUGUUAUGGUACGGGUUAUACGGGGUAUGUGUUAUGGUACGGGUUAAACGGGGUAUGUGUUAUGGUACGGGUUAAACGGGGUAUGUGUUAUGGUACGGGUUAUACGGGGUAUGUGUUAUGGUACGGGUUUUACGGGGUAUGUGUUAUGGUACGGGUUAUACGGGGUAUGUGUUAUGGUACGGGUUAUAUACUGUUGAAUGCACCAAUUUGUAAGUCGCUCUGGAUAAGAACGUCUGCUAAAUGACGUAGAUGUAAAUGUUAUAUGGGGUAAGUGUUAUGGUACGGUUUAAACGAGUAUGUGUGUAGAUUUACAAUCACCCUUUAGAACCAGUCAGGAAGUUUGAAGAUAUGUCCCAAAUGGCACUCAAUUCCCUAUAUAGUGCACUAUUUUUGACCAGAGCCAAAAGUAGUACACUAUAUAGGGAAUAGGGUGCCAUUUGGGACGCAACGGGGGUUUUAGGGAAGAUAACAAAGGUCUGUGUUAUCUUUGACUCAUUUCGUCACUAACAUCGGAGGAAUGUUUAAUGUAGGAGGAUGACCUACCAUCAAAUACCCUCUCAUCUUCAUCCAUGUUGAGAAACAAAGAGACCUUUAAUGGAACUAUGCCUGAACUUGAACUUGAGAGGGAGAGUAGUUAAGAAGGAUAGGUUUAAUUAACAUAAAAAUGAACAGCACUCAAGAUUAAUCUAGGAGGAUGACAGACCAUCAAAUACCCUCUCUUCAUCCAGUGUAUGUUGGGGAACAAAGACUACUCUGAAGGAGAGGAGUUCAGAGGGUUUAGUAAUGAACGUCAAAGGAACAAGAUUUAAGAUUAUAACUCUUACUAUGGUUAUGAUGGUUAUUAUGGUAUGGUGAGCGUGGUCGCCGUAGGGACGCCACAGUGGUGCACCGCUGGUUCCUGGCUCUGAUAGGGCAGUAAUGUGUCAGCCAUAUUUACUGGUUGGAGGUUGAAACAGUGGAAACUCUCUGAGUACAGACAGAGAGGACAGAGCCCACAUAGUACAGAGAGGUUUCCCACAUAGUGCUGCUCACAUAGUGCUGCUGCUCACAUGGUGCUGCUGCUCACAUGGUGCUGCUGCUCACAUGGUGCUGCUGCUCACAUGGUGCUGCUGCUCACAUGGUGCUGCUGCUCACAUGGUGCUGCUGCUCACACGAAACAGACACUCAGUACAACCACAUAGUAUUUCGAGGACCACAUUGGAAAAAAGUGCAUUUCCAAUGUACUUUCAUGUGUAACCUAGGAUUUAUUUCUACUUUUCAAUUGUUUUAAACUGUAUGGAUUGUUUUACCAAAAAAUAAAUCAAAUCAAAUAACAGAAUAUUUCCCAUGGUUCCAGCUCUCUUAUUGACUUUCUGAUCCAUGCUGGACUCAGGCCACAUCCUUGUUCGCUAUCAUCAGUUUGACAGCAUGGACACUGCUGCUGGGUUGUGUUGCAUGGUGAUGCACUUACACUCUUAGAUGCUGAGUCGUAAUAGUGUUCUAUGCUAGCUAUGCUCUUGGAUGCUGAGUAGUGUUCUAUUCUCCGGGAUCCUGAGUAGUGUUCUAUGCUCCUGGAUCAUGAGUAGUGUUAUAUGCUAGCUAUGCUCCUGGAUGCUGAGUAGUGUUCUAUGUUCUUGGACGCUAAAUAGUGUUCUAUGUUCGUGUAUGCUGAAUAGUGUUCUAUGCUCUUGGAUGCUGAGAAGUGUUCUAUGUAGCUAUGCUCUUGGAUGCUGAGGAUUGUUCUAUUCCAGGUAUGCUCUGCAACUAAGAACACUGACACACAGCCAAAUAAUGUGAUCUAUGUUGAUGAGGAAUUCUUGGAUUGUUUGUCUGUCUAUUCUUUUUAUGCAAUCAAUCAAACCACAGUAUCCAUGCCAAGGCACCACCAUCAGGGUGCACAGAACAUUGUAUAUUUUUUUUUAAUUAUUACUUUUUUUAAAACCUCCACACCUCAGAAGUGGUAGCUAAAAAUAGGUACAUUCAGAGCAGUUUAAGGGGAGAGUCAAUGAAACCGUCUCUAGAUCUGGGUUCGAUUCCCGGUUGGGGCUACCCCCCGAAUUCGCUACAACAUAUUUCCAUGGUUGGUUUCAUUGAUUCUCCCCUUAAACUGCCCCUAACAACUUCUGAGUCUGUUGGAGAGGAUCGGCUUGAGCAAAGUGAUGUGCAGAAUCACUGAUCUACAAAUAGAAUUCCCUCCCAAAUAAUAGGCUUUGUCGAACCCGGGUCCAGCGACUGUCAAACCAAAACCUUAACCGUUACACCAAUGGGUCCAAACCCCUUGGCGUAAUGGUUAAUGUGUUUGCUUCUAUGGUUGGGGUCAUUGACUGUCCCCUUAAACUGCCCCAUAAUUGACCCAUUUUAAGAAUUGAAGAAUUGACCCAUAGAAAAAAACCACAGAAAACUACCAAAAACAACUGGUCCUGCUCAUAAUGAUAGGCUACAUCAUUAGUAAUGAUGUGUUUAUUGGAAACAGCACAGUUUUCUCCAUUGACCACAUGCCAGUACUACAGUAGUGUUGGUUUGGCUGGCUGACAUACAGAGAUCUCCAGUAUAAAGUAGAGCUGCUGACCAGACAGAGGGAAGUUUCCAACCCCGGGGCCAGGCCAGAGGGAGUCUUGGUUCUCCUGUAUGUGCGUGGGAGAGUGGAGAUGGUUUUGCUGACUGUGCCUCAUCAGGGCAUGUGUGAUCUCAUGCCUGGCUCAUCUCCCCACUCCUCCUCUUCUCUGUGUUUCCAGGGGCUAAGUUCCAAAGACAACUAUGGCAGUCAGCCAUGAGCCAUGAGCCAUGAUCUCUUCUCUCCUCAUCUGCAUCCCUAUUGGCACCCUAUUCCCUCAAUCUCAACUCUGAACCUCAAAGCCAGUUUCAUCGUUUUUUCAUAGUUGCCCUCUAAUCAGGGAGUGAUUUAGACCUGGGACACCAGGUGGAUGCAAUUAAUAAUCAGGUAGAAGAGAAAACCAGCAGGCUCCGGACCUGGUAGGGUAAGAUAUGGGCCCUGGUUAAAGUGGUGCAUUAUAUAGAAAAUAGGGUGCCAUUUGGGACGUAGCCCUUCUCAUCGUACAGCAGGCCUUGAUCUGCUCUGUUUCUGUCUGCUCUGUGUGUGAGCAUUUGCGUGCAUGUGUGUGUGAGAGAUGAGCCGUGGAUGACAGACCUGAACACCCCACCACACUGUAGCCUCAUCGUCUGUCGCUAUGAAGGAUACAAGCCACUGUAAACCUCACUCCAUCCUGCCCUCGACCCCCUCUCUCUCCACUCAAACUCUUGAUUUAGACAAGGCUGUAUUGUCCUAUUAUGGACCCAGCUACCACUGGAACAUGGAGAACAUGUGGAAAUGUUUUUCUGGUUUGCAGGCGUCCCAGGGGGACCGCUGAUGAAGACGCACAGCUGGACUUAAGUUCCAAGCCACCACAGACUGUGCAACCAUUACUCAAAAACCAUUACUCUGGAGAAAAGAAACUAAACUCCCAACUACCAUCAUCCAGACAUGAGUUAGUGAGUUAUCUAGGUUCAGCAUCAUGCAGGGUGAGCUCACUGGGCACAGACGUCAAUUCAAAGUCUAAUUUUGUUAAAAUAACUUUGAAACAAUGUUGAUUCAACCAGUGUGUACCCAGUGGGAGGGUUCAUACAGCAUAAAGCUUUCUCCAGUGAUCUGUAACCCACAGAGAUUUCAGUUUCACAACCAUGUAAGGUCUGGUCAACAUCAAGCUGGACAUCUAUCUCCUACCAUAGCCUACUUCAUGUAUCGUUAUUUGUAUAUUCAGCAUUUGCUGGUUUGUUGUACUGUUUAGAAUUUCUGCAGCCGAAAACAGUUGAAUAGUGUGCUGUCAAGGGGUGUACUUGUACAUCAAGCUGCCUCACGUCUGCCUCUGGCUCAGAAAAGGCUUACUUACAUUUGACAUUUUAGUCAUUUCUUCUUCUUAAACAGUGGAAUACACCCUGUGGCAUUUACUGACAUAUCAUAAAGCAAGGUCUGUAAAUUCUCCUCUCUCAACAAUACCUCUGGCUCUGCACAAAUGGAAGCAUCAUUGUUCUGCUUUAACGAGUCAUGUCAUGGUUUAUGAGGUGUGGGAUUAUGAAAUGGACUAGCUAGCUGGUUCUAGUCUGUGUCCCAAAUGGCACCCUUUUCCCUUUAUAGUGCACUACUUUGAUCAGUGCCCAUAGGGCUCUGGUCAAAAGUAGUGCACUAUAUAUAGAGUAGGAUGCCAUUUAAGACUCAAAUAGUGUCCUUCUAUGGUUUUUGUCUAUUAAAACAACGGAGCUGGAAGGGCUCUGCUUAUAAUUUAUUUAUUUAACUCUGACAACUUUGUUGUACUGUUUACAGUUUUAAUACCUAUAUAGGAGCUGAUUACAGCUAAAGAGAGAGAUGAAGAGUAGUCACGGGGCCUCUGGGGUUUCUCAGAGUGGAUAAAUCAGACUUUCAUCUGUACUGUAACUCUCACUCAAGCUCAGAAACGCGCAUAAACACACACACAGACACUCUCUCACACACACACACACACACACACACACGCAUGCACACAAACGCUCAGACAUGAUCUACAGGGUUAGGCCCUUUAUAUAGCUAACAGCUGCAGUCUGUGUGGACGAGAUUACAAAACAUCUGGCUUUAUUACAGUCCAUGUGCAGAGGUGUCAUAAGGAGACAUGGUAUGUGUCCCAUUUGGCUCCCUAUUCCCUUUAUAGUGCACCACUUUUGACCAGGGCCCAUAUUUCCAUUAUUCCCAUAGGGCUCAGGUCAAAAGUAAUGCACUAUGAAGGGAAUAGGGUGCCUUUUGGGACGCAGCCCAAGUCUGAAAGCAUCAGUCUUUGAUACAUUUCAUGUGUACUGCAGAGGUGUCAUACAGAUACAUGAUGAUAUUAAACAGUUUCCCAGCUAACAAUUCUAGGGAGAGAAAAGGGUUUUGUAAUGUUACCCGUAAUGUUCCCAUAAUGUUUGAGUGUCCAGUUUUCCAUUAGUUAGGGGAACAUUCUAUCUAUGUUAGCAAAAACCUUCUGAGAACAUUUUUAGCAUGUUUUGGCAUUAGAGCUACGAGAAAAUACCCAUAACGUGGUUACCAUGUUCUCAGAAUGUACAAUAUUAAUGUUCUAGACACGAUUCAUUGGACGUUGCAAGAACAUUCAUGUGUCCAGUUUUUUUUAGGGUUAGGAGAAUGUUCCGUCAACGUCCCACCAAACAUACACAGAAAAUGGUUGCCGUGUUCUCAGAAUAUAAGAUAUUAAUGUUCUAGACACGUUUUAUGGGAACGUUGCAAGAACAUUCACGUGUCCAGUUUUCUGUGGGUUAGGAGAAUAUUCCAUCAACCUCACCCCAAACGUCCCCCCAAACAUACCAAGUGUGACGAGUACUGAGGAUACGAAGAGGCAGGACGCAGACACAGGAAUGAACAAGGUAAAGGUUUACUUAACAAUGAGAAAGAGAAUAACAAGGAGCGCGUAAACGACACGACGCUAACAAUUACACACAACAAUGACUGAACAGUCCAGGGCUAUAUAGUGCUGAUGAUGAGAUGAUGAGGUGCAGUUGCGCUGGAGGUGAUUCGGGUGCAUUGGGUUUUCCAUUCCUGUGUUGCCAAGGUGGUGCGCUCAGACCGGUGGCUUAGUAGACCGGUGAGUCAGAGCGCCGGAGGGCAGCAACGGGGUAAAGGAAAUGGUCUCUUAGAAACAUUCCUUGCAUAACAUGGGAACAUUCCUAUUUAAAUGUUAGUUAAUGACUCAAUGAGACUCUUAAGGGAACGUUCUCUAAAGUUGUGGGAAUGCUUGUUGUUAGCUGGGUUGUAAUGUCAUGGAGUUUAAUUAAAGAGCCACUCAAAACCUAAUGAGACCUGUUCUGUUUUUGUGUCUCUAUGAUUACGACUGCUGUUAAAAGCUGUUUGAUUUAGAUUAAAGAUUACAGUGCCAUUUCCUCCCAUGAUUCCCCCCCCCCCAAGUCAUUUCUAAUGAGCUAGUCUGUUACAGUUUAAUUUCCUAUCCGAGGUUUCCGACUGCUUACGGAUUUGAUUGCAAUGCGCAAUUUCAAGACCAAAAACAUAAUGUCUUAGAGGUUAACCAAGGCUGAAUCAUGGAGUAGAGGGCUAGACUAAAUAUUUAACUUCAAAGGGGCAGGGUCCUUGGUAAAUGGCACCCUAUUCCCUACAAAGUGCAUUAUAUAUGGAAUAGGGUGCCAUUCGGGAGGCAGACAUAGUUUAUGUAUCUAUACAAUGUGGUAGCAUUACCCAGGAGGCUUGCUGGCCUGGGCCCUGGGACCACAUGUCCUUAUAGUUAAUAAAAAAGAUAAUGAGGACCAUGGGAAAAAACUGAACACAACACACACACACACACACACACACACACACACACACACACACAGGAGCAUGAAAUAGCCUUUCAGUACAGACAUUAGUGAUGAUUCAGCUGAAAUAUACUAGGAUGAACUCCAGAGUAAAUAUACGAUGUGCUCUGUUGUACUGAAAGACGUUCUAGAACACUGUAAUUACAUGGGAUGUGGUAAUUACUGUUUUUGUACACUGACUCUGAAUAUUCAAAGGAUAGGGUAUGUCUUUGUCUCUAGCUCGUGACCUGUCCGUCUGUCUUUGUCUGUGUGUCGUCUCUGUCUCUAAAGCGUGAUCUGUGUGGGAUGUCUCCAUCUCUCCCUCCUCUCUGUCUCUAACGUGUGUGUCCCUGUGUUAUCUGUUGGACAGUUCUGUUUAUGAUGUGUCUCUGUGUGUUGUCUCCAUCUCUAAAAUGUGACGUGUACAUGUGUUGUCUCUGUCUCUAAACUUGGUCUCUGUGUGUUGUCUGUAGGACGGUGCUGUAUGAGUGAUUUGUCCCUCAACAUGGCAUGUCUGUGUCUCUAUGUCUGUAGGAUGGUGCUGUAUGAGUGAUCUGUCCCUAAACAUGGCAAGUCUGUGUCUCUACGUCUGUAGGAUGGUGCUGUAUGAGUGAUCUGUCCCUAAACAUGGCAUGUCUGUGUCUCUAUGUCUGUAGGACGGUGCUGUAUGAGUGCUGUCCAGGUUACAUGAAGCUGGAAGGAAUGAAAGGAUGCCCUGCAGGUAUGUAGCUACAGUCGGUUACAGUGUAUGUAAUGUCAUAGGGUACAGGAUACGCGGUGUACUCAAGUUUGAAGUGCACUUAAUGUUAUAGUGUACUUCAAAGCUUAAACUAGAGGUUAAACGAAGACAUAUCAAGGGGUAUUGCAUUUUCUCAUUAAAUUCACGAGUCACAACGCCACACCAACAUAAAGAUUCAGUUGGUACAUCAUCCUACCCAUGCAUGUUUCCUUUUAGUGUCGUCCGGCUGUCUUUGGGGUUCUUUAGAGUUGUUAGAGCUGUUUUAAUGAGACUUGUGUUCGUCCCAAAUGGCACCCUAUUCCAUAUGUACUGCACUACUUUAGGGCUCUGGUCAAAAGUAGUACACUAUAUAGGGUAUAGGAUGCCAUUUGGGAUCACUCCCGGUAUAUACGGGGAUGUAGUCAUUAUGGUACCUUCUCUUCCCUGUUCCAAAGUGGCCCCUAUAGACAAUGUGUAUGGUACCUUGGGCCUGGUCAAGGCCAUCUCCACCCAGGAAUACUCUCACAUCUCCAAGCUGAGGGAGGAGAUAGAGGGAUCUGGGUCAUACACCUUCUUCGCUCCCAGCAAUGAUGCCUGGAACUUGUUAGAUGGGGUAAGUUAGGAUAAGUAUAAUCUCUUAAAGCUGGAAAAUUCCAGGUAAUUCAGUCCAUCAGUUGAACACAUCAGCGAUAGUAGUGACUAUUCCAAAACCAAAACCAUUCAGUGCUUGUAAUGUGACCAUUUAAAAGAGCUACAACAUAAAACACCAGAAUGUGUGGUUGAUUGACCUGAACCCUGCAGUCAAUUGCUGUAAGUAUAUGUCAUCACUUUUUGUUAAGUAUUUAUGUUAUCUUAAGCCUUUCUAUUCUGCAUUUAUUUAACAGGAAGCGCGUAGUGCGUUGGUGAGCAACGUGAACAUUGAGCUGUACAACGCCCUGCACUACCACAUGGCUAACAAACGCCUGCAGACCAAAGACCUGAAGAACGGCCUGGUGGUCACCUCCAUGUACAAUGACCUGGGACUCUACAUCAACCACUACUCCAACGGGGUGAGCAUCCUACUAGAUCUACACAACAUCAUCUUUUCCCAAAUGGCAACCUACUAUGUAGUGCACUAAUUUUGACCAGCGCCCAUGAAAUGUAUUGGAAAUCCGAUAGUUUCCAUGCCAUGAGAUAGGAAAGUUGACAUCAUGGAAAGCUAAAGCUUUAUUGUGUGCAGGUAUUUGUUGAAGGCUGUGUUGUGUGAACAUUGGAGAGCUACGGACGGUAUACUGUUGUGUGUUGUGUAGAUACUGACUGUGCUGUGCAUGUCCUACGUGGUGUGUUGUUAUGUAUGAAGAUUGUGACGGUGAACUGUGCCAGGAUUAUCCAUGGCAACCAGGUUGCCACCAACGGAGUGGUGCACGUCCUCGACCGUGUCAUCACUGCCGUGGGCAACACCAUCCAGGAUGUCAUCGAGGUUGACGAUGACCUCACCACUCUCAGUGUAAGUCUUUUCGUUUCUUCUGUUCUCCUCUCUUCAUGUCAUGUCUCUUCUCUUCUCUUUUUUCCCUUUGAUUUCAAUUCCUUUCACUUUCUUUCCUACCUUUCCUUUCCUACCUUUCCUUUCCUAUCUUUUUCUUCUAUAUCCUUCUCCUCUUGUCUCCUUUCCCCUUCUCGUCUUUUUUAUUAUUUUCGAUGUAUCUAUUCACACAGUAUUAAUGGAGCAUAUGAUGGAGGAUAUGAUGUGUUCUCUCCCUACAGGAGGUGGCUCUGGCCUCAGGCCUGCUGGACAAGCUGGGACAGCCUGGCCAGUACACCCUGUUCGCCCCCACCAACGAUGCCUUCGCCAAGCUGGACUCGGACGUACUGCAACGACUGAUGGGUGACAAGGGUGUCCUCCAAGGUAAACCAAACCGCUGGGCCAGGCUUCAGAGCUUCAUGACCUCUCUGGAAUGCCAUCUAUAAAUACAGAGAGCAACUCACAGGAGAGUACUUUAAAGGGGAGACAUAGAGACUUUAUAUAGAUCUCCAAACUCAGGCCAUAUCCGUGUUUAAUGAGAUGAAGGUGCAGGAAAAGUAACUCAAUGGUUCCCGCUCGCCAUGUUUGCAGGGCUGAGUAACCGCAGAGUUUUUACAUGUAAGCACUUUUUCCUACUCAAAACAGAUGGAGCCAACUAGUUACAGUCUGAGCUGUGGAUUUGAAAUUUUCAGACAGUUGGCAAACUGAGCGUUCAACACAGUUGUGUGAGUGAGUAAUGAAAAAGAAAAGAGCUCUAGUUUCAGAUGUUGGAUCAAAUAUGGCCUACAAAAUAAUGGCUAUUCAACAUACACCUUCAUAUGGUGAAGCUUUUUGAUAAUUGACACAUUUAAGAUCUAAACAUUUACUGUCACUCUAUAAUUUAUGUCUGGGUGGCACACAAUAAUAAAACACUCUCACUUGUUCCAAAACAUUUCCAAAAUCGUUCAACGGUGCUAACACCACUGUCACGAGUCGAUGAGUUGCGUCAGCCGAACAUACUUCAUUAUCGAACAAAAGAAACGUGAUCAACGCAACAACUGAAAAGAUCCCACAAAACACAAAGGCAAACAACAUUUAAAUAUGGUCCAAUCAGAGACAACCAGCCACAGCUGACACUCGUUGCCUCUGAUUGGGAGUCACUCUGGCCAACAUAGAAAUAGCACCCAUAGAAUUUACACCAUAGAAACAAAACACAUAGAUCUACACACCCUGGCUCAACAUAACAGUGUCCCCAGAGCCAGGGCGUGACAGUACCCCCCCCUAAAGGCGCGGACUCCGACCGCGUCAACCAAAUACCACAGGGGAGGGACCGGGUGGGCACUCCGCCUAGGCGGCGGAUCCGGCUCCGGGCCUGAUCCCCGCUCCCUCUCCAACCCCCCAAAGUACCCCUGGUCUGGUCUGGCCCCGCUGGCCGGAGCUGGAUUGUACACUGAUGGAGCGGAUUGCUCUAGCUCCGGCGUAACGCAUCUGACCGGUGCCGAACCAGGCACCAGUGGAACAGGCACGGGCCGUGCCGGACUGACGACGCCCACCACUGGCUUGGUGUGGAGAACAGGCACGGGCCGUGCUGGACUGACGACGCACACCACUGGCUUGGUGUGAGGAGCAGGAGCGGGCCGGACCGGGCUGGCGAUGCGCACCAUAGGCUUGGUGCGGGGAGCAGGAACGGACCGGACCGGGCUGACGAUGCGCACCCCUGGCUUAGUGCGUGGAGCAGCAACGGGCCGAACCGGGCUGACGAUACGCACCCCUGGCUUGGUGCGUGGAGCAGGAACGGGCUGGACCGGGCUGACGACUCGCACCUCUGACUUGGUACGAGUGGCAGGAACAGGCCGGACCGGGCUGGCGACGCGCACCAUAGGUUUGGUGCGGGGAGCAGGAACAGGCCGGGCCGGGCUGGCGAAGCGCACCAUAGGCUUGGUGCGGGGAGCAGGAACAGGCCGGGCCAAGCUGGCGACGCGCACCGUAGGCUUGGUGCGAGGGGCAGGAACAGGCCGGGUUGGGCUGGCGACGCGCACCGUAGGCUUGGUGCGAGGGGCAGGAACAGGCCGGGCCGGGCUGGCGACGCGCACCGUACACUUGGUGCGGGGAGCAGGAACAGACCGGACCGUACUGGGGACACACACCACUGGCCCUACACCGGGAUCUGGAACGGGCCGGACCGGACUGGUAACACACCCCAGUACCUCUCGCCGUGCCUCUACACCUUCCUUCCCUUCUUUGACCAGUGGCCCCCGUAACCUGGCGGCCUCCUCUGCCAACCCGCUGGACCGCUCUAUCGCGGCCUCCUGCUGCCCCGACGUCGUGAGCCCCCCCCUAAAAAAUUUCUGGGGGUCUCUCUUCCCCGUGGACCAGGCCUCUAUAGUUCUCGCCCAACUCUCGCUCUUCUGCUUCCAACUCCAGCCAUUCUGCUCCUCAUUUGGCUUGACCCAGUCGAGACUCUUCCUCCACUGUUCCCAAGUCCAUCCUCUCUGCUCCUCACUAGGCUUGACCCAGUCGAGGUUGCCACGGAGAUCUGCUAGCGAUUCCCCUGGCGAUGGCUCCUGGACACGCUGCUUGGUCCAGUUUUGGUAGGAUCUUCUGUCACGAUCGUCGUAUGGAGUAGACCAAUGCGCAGCGUUAGUUGCGAACAUACUUCUUUAUUAAGUGAAAACACGAACAAAACAAGAAAACGAUAACGUGACAGUCAACGGUCAAACACAAACCAACUCGAACAAGAUCCCACAAAACACAAAGGGCAAACAGACAGUUUAAAUAUGGCUCCCAAUCAGAGACAACCAGCCACAGCUGACACUCGUUGCCUCUGAUUGGGAGUCACUCUGGCCAACAUAGAAAUAGCACCCAUAGAAUUUACACCAUAGAAACAAAACACAUAGAUCUACACACCCUGGCUCAACAUAACAGUGUCCCCAGAGCCAGGGCGUGACAACCACAGGGCAGGAAGCAGGAAGCAGCUGGCUCUGCCUGUGUCCCAAAGGCUGUGCACCCUAUUCCCUACGUCAUUCAUACGGCUAUGGUCAACAGUAGUGCACUAUAAAGGGAAUAGGGUGCCAUUUUGGGACACACCCUGGUCAGAGGGUUGGGACUGGAAAGGUUAAGAAGGUUCAGAGCAUUAGGAGGGUUGGCAGCGGUGUGAUGAUCCCUAAUAUUAGUCCUAAAACCUCCCUGAGCUGUGAGAUCACACCACUUCACACACAGUAAAACAGAAUCAAACAGGGCAGUAAAACAGUCAUGAAUCACCCUGCACUCAAUUGUCUCCCAACACCAGGACCCAAGGGAUCUAAGGGAUCUCCAGGUCUCCUGAAUUUCAUAGGUUGCGUCUCAAAUGGCACUCAAUUCCCUAUUUAGUGCACUACUUUUGACCAGGGCCAAUAGGGAUCUGGUCAAAAGUUGAGCACUUAAAGUCCCAGUGCAGUCAAAAAAGUGAUUUUCCUGUGUUUUAUAUACACUCAGUGACCAGUUUAUUAGGUACACACAUCUAGUACCGGGUCGGACCCCCUAGUUGUUAAGUGGUUAAGAGCAUUAAGCAUUAAGAGCAUUGGGCGGGUAACCGAAAAAUUGCUUGUUCCUGACUCUGCCAUCAGCAUGACGCAACAGGAACCGGGAUUUGUCGGACCAGGCGAUUUUUUCCACUCCUCAAUUGUCCAGUGUUGGUGAUUGCGUGCCCACUGGAGCUGCUUCUUCUUGAUUUUAGCAGAUAAGAGUGGAACCCAGUGUGGUCGUCUGCUGCAAUAGCCCAUCGGUGACAAGGAGAUGCCGUUCUUCACACCACUGUUGUACUGCGCCAUUAUUUGCCGCACCAUUCACGGUAAACCCUAGGCCGUUUCUGAGAUACCACGCUCAAAGUCACUUAGGUCACUUGUUUUGCCCAUUCUAACGUUCAUGUGAACAGUAACUGAAUGCAACUGAACGCUUCGAUGCCUGUCUGCCUGCUUUAUAUAGCAAGCCGCGGCCACAUGACUCACAGUCUGUAGAAGCAAACCAUUUUCGUGAACAGGGUGGUGUACCUAAUAAAACGAAUUUCAACACUAUGAGAUUGGAAUAAUGCUAUGAAAUUGUGAAAAUUAUGAUAAUGCCCUUUUAGUGUAAUUUUUUUCUAUCGCAAGUCUUUACAUCUUUUACCUCUAGCUAAGGAGUUUUGUGCGUGAAGAAGGAUUGUUUUGUUAGGUUCAGUUUGAUAAAGUGCACCUGCUCAUUAGCUAGCUAGAUAACUUUAGCUUGCUAACUGAGCCAUGCAGUCACACACACUUCAUAUGAAACGAAUGGGGUGGUAAGUGCAGCACAAUGUCCACAACACUAAAUGCUUUACCAAGCUAGCUAUCUAGCAAGAUGAUGAAUAAUUAUUUUUAUUCACUCUUUAUCCCAUACUUCCAGUGCCAGUUCGCUUCCUAGCUAACGUUAGCUAAAUGGUUAGCAUCGCCAUUUAGCACAAAAUAGCUAGCUAGCUACUCCACCGACUCUCGACAGCUAACAGGCAACUGUUACAUUAAAAAAUGAAUCCGUUGUGAUUUAAUUAUAAUGUUGCUAUCUACACUAGUUAUUUAGUUGUGACCAUCUGGUAGAAACGUUGAAUAACACAUUCAUUCAUAAAUGGCAAAAAAGACAGUCAAAAAAUAAAUCAUAAAGAAUACGGUUUUGAAGUGUCUGUCCUAUAUCUAGGAGAUAUAAGAAAGAUCAGGAAAUAUUUUUGUUUUUAUGGACACAUAUUUAACCCCUUAUUUGUGUUGGCACAAAACUACCUCCAUACUUCACCUUCAGACGAGCCCCGUGAAACUUGUGUUUUUUUUUGAGCAAAUGGAGAACACCAUUGUGUUCGUCUCCCCUUUCCACAGUGGGGUCAUAUUAGUUUGAAGCCCAAACGGUUCAGAUGCUACAGACAGAAGUUGGCACAUCAGCAUUACCUACUUCAGACGAGUCCUUGUGAGACGUUUUCGUGAGUAAGUAAGUAGCCUUGCACGAGCGAGCCGGAACGGCUCAUAGGGCUGGAGCCUAUCUCCUGAUUCUGUAGCGUGAGGCAGCUUGAUGUACAAGUACACCCCCUGGACAGGACGCUAGUCUAUCACAGGGCCUUACCCCCAAUCUAUCUCCUUCAUGCUGAGUGCCAAGGGGAGACGCAUCAGGUCCCAUUUGUACAGUCUUUAGUAUGACUCAGCCAGGGAUUGAACUCACAACCUUCCAAUCUCAGGGUCGAAUACUCUAACCACAAGGCCACUGAGUUGACGUUUUCGUGAAAAUACAAAUGUUCGGCAUGUCUCAUGGUCUGACAAACACUGCUGUACCUCAGCCAACAUCCACCGCAGAUGCGGAAGGCCGACAUCGGCGGCCUAGCUUAAACUGAUGGAUUUUGAUGAUUUUUUUAUAACGUUAUUUAGAAUUAAAAUGAUGCCUUGCUAGUACAGUAUAUGAAUUCAAACACAUAUCGCUUUUCUCGGGAUGCUGGCCAGUCAUGUCCGUAAUGUAGUAAACCAAACGAUAACAAAAUGCUGUUAAUCAAUAACGGUAUAUAUAGGAGUAUCUGAGUUUGUGGGGCUGAUUGACACUUUUAUCCUCUCCUCUCCUCUCCCUCCAGCCCUGCUGAACUUUCACAUGCUGAACUCUGUCCAGUGUUCAGAGGGCAUCAUGUCCGGCCAGACCUUUGAGACCCUGGAAGGCCACAACAUCGAGAUUGGCUGUGACGGGGACAGCCUGACAGUCAACGGCAUCAAGAUGGUGCUGAAGAAAGACAUUGUCACCACCAACGGAGUCAUCCACCUCAUUGAUGAGGUCCUCAUGCCUGACUCAGGUUAGCUUCCCCAUCUCAUCCCACCUUAUAAUAAUACAUGUAAUUUGUAUAGUGCUUUCAUUACAGAGCUGUAACACACAUCUCAGAAUAUGUAUGUGUUUGUGUUUUGGCAUUUGUUUGUUGGAAUGUAAAUGGAAUGAACUGUUUCAUGAAAUACACAACACCUUUAUUUAGAGCUCCCUUUGCUGUUACACAAGUAUACAUUUACAUUUUACAUUUACGUCAUUUAGCAGACACUCUUAUCCAGAGCGACUUACAGUUAGUGAAUACAUUAUUAUUAUAAUUUUUAUUUUUUUCAUACUAGCCCCCUGUGGGAAUCGAACCCACAACCCUGGCGUUGCAAACGCCAUGCUCUACCAACUGAGCUACAUCCAUACACAUAGGCAAACAGAAACAAUGACAUAAUGACAGCAAUACUAAGAUCAAAUCAAAACUCUGAAUAAGUGUAGAAGUGUUGAUCUUUCAGUGGUAGAGAAGCUUUUAAUGGUACUGUCUGUGUCCUCUAAGCUAAGCAGGUGAUGGAGCUGCUCACCCCUUCCCAGUCCACCUUCAGUGACAUGGUGUCAGAGCUGGGUCUGUCUGCAGCCAUGUCAGCCGAGGCAGAAUACACACUUCUGGCCCCGCUCAAUUCUGUCUUCACUGGUGAGUAAUAUACCACUGGCCCCGCUCAAUUCUGUCUUCACUUGUGAGUACACACUACACUCUUAGAAAAAAAGGUGCUAUCUAGAACCUUAAAGACUUCUUCGGCUGUCCCCAUAGGAGAACACGUUGAAGAACCGUUUUUGAUUCCUGGUAGAAACCUUUUGGUUCCAGGUAGAACCCUUUUGGGUUCCAUGAAGAACCAUUUCCACAGAAGGUUCUACAUGGAUCCCAAAAGGGUUCUACCUGGAACCAAAAAGGGUUCUCCUAUUGGGACAGCCGAAUAACUAUUUUGGAACCCUUUUUUCUAAGAGUGUACUGGCCCUGCUCAAUUCUGUCUUCACUGGUGAGUACACAUCAUGGCCCGCUCAAUUCUCUCUGUAACACAUCCCUCGUUCCCCUAAACACUCUUGAACGUCCUGAACUUUUUUCUUUCUUGCUCCUCUCUCUGUCUUUCCCUCUCCCGUUUCCUCUCUCUAGCUCCUCUCUCUGUCCCCCUCUUCCUCUCUCUAGCUACUCUGUCACUACUUUAUCACUCCUCUCCUUCUUUCUCUUUCUUUCCUCUCAGCAGGUGGGUAAUGCACACUGAGCUCCAAACUGACAUUAGUCUUGCUGUCAUGCUGACUCACUAGUAAGCAAUAUACUAGACAUACUGUAUACGGGUCUCCUGAGGGAAGAGUGCUGGAAUGAUUCAUAGCUGGAGCUUUUUGCCAUGCAAACCCUAAGAAUACAUAAUUACCACUACACACACACACCUGUAUAGGAACAUUUUAGACCUCACAAGACGUGGGGAGAGAUAUCUCCUACCUUAAUCCAACAUUUGUAAUGCACAUGUGAUAAACUGAACCAAAGUAUAUUAAUCAGCAGUAUGAUACACUAGCCUGCUGCAUGCUGCAGGAAAUACAAUAAUCCCCCAGGGUUUAAAAGCUGUGUUAUGGCGUUGAGCUUGUAAAUUCCUCCACUAAAUUGUUCUCUGAUUUAGACCCUACAUAAUUUGUCCAUUGUCGACGUACAGUACAGAACAGCUCUGUAUCUCAGACAGCUCAGACCAGGGUAAUGCAGACUGGAACAGUAACUAUCUGUGUCCCAAAUGGCACCCUAUUCCCUUUAUAGUGCAUUACUUUUGACCAGAGCCCUAUGGGAAUAAGGAGCCAUUGGGACGCAGACACUGUUACGUUGUGGCUGAUCAAUCUGUCUAUAGGGAGGUUACAGACUUCUGGAGAUUUCCUGGAAAAUAAGGUUUACAUUUUACAAUGACUGACUAGACCACCAGACUGCAUCAUUAGCCUAUAUUAUGACUCAUAUGACAAUACUUUCACAAUCUAACUUUCUAUUGUCUGCAUCCUGGGAAAACUUAAUAUCUAAAUUUUUGCAGAAUUGGGGCUAGUUUCUGAAAAGUUAUUGUUUAAAAACAGAUUGAAUGUAAUCUUUUGGUCUCUUACAAUGUAUCUAUAUGAAAUAUCUCAUCCUCCAGAUGAGGUGAUGGCCAUUGACCAGAGCUUUCUGAAGGUGAUUUUGGAGAACCACAUCCUGAAGGAAAAGAUCACUCUGGGACAGCUGUACAAUGGACAGCGCCUGGAGACCAUCGGCGGGAAGUUCCUCAGAGUCUUCAUCUACCGCACAGUGAGUCUGUGUGUGAGUGUGAGUGUGUCUGUGUGUGUGUAUGUGUGUGAGAGUGAGAGUUUGUGGGAGUACACGACUGUGUGUGUGUAUGUGGGUGUGUGUGUGCGUGCGUGCAUGUGUGUGUGUGUGUGGGAGUCCAUCUCUCUGAACAGCUGGUCAAACACAAUGGCUGUCUGCCAUACAACACAUAUCAAUUUCACUUGGCUAUCUACUGGACUGGACUAAGAGGCUGUUAAUUCAGUAGCUAGCAGACUGUUCAUUUCCAUGCCUUAUAAAGAGCGACUUCAGCAGAUGUUCCAACUCAAAUUUCAGUUUUAAAGAUGCUCAAAACAGAAGUUAGGUGACUGGAGAACCAAUUAGCCUAGCUAGCUAACUAUCUGGCUAGCUAACUAGUUAGGUGCUUAUGCUAGCAUACCAAAAUACCCAAAUAUGUAAUAAUUCUGCUAGUAUUAGGACUAGAGUUACAUUAUCAGGAUAAAACCCAGAAAAACCAUUUUCAACAACUAAAGUGGUUAUUUAACCUGUUCUGUGUCCUGUAGGCGGUGUGCAUAGAGAACUCCUGCCUGGUGCGAGGCAGCAAGGAGGGCAGUAACGGAGCCCUCCACCUGAUGAGGACUCUGAUGAAGCCAGCUGAGACCACCAUGUUCCAGAUCCUCACUGACAACGGAGGAUUCAAGUAAGCUGCUUGGGCACAUAUAGACUGUGUGAGCUUUAGCCUGGUCCCAGAUCUGUAUGUGCUGCAGCAAAUGAAAUAGUCAGAGAAGUUAGCUCAAGCUCUUACAGAUCUGAGACCAGACUAGUGGAAGGAUUUUGGUCAAGGGAUUGUUCCGAUUUUGUGGCCAAUUCAUGAAUAUACUGUAUAUUAAACAUUGUUGGACAACCUUGUCUCACCCCCUAUUCGAGAAAGGAUGUUAUUUAGCCAACCCAAUAGCCAGAGAGAGUUCACUAGUCAGACAGAGUUCAAUCAUAUUCAUACAGACCUGGGAGCAAGCUGGGAAAAUAGUUUAUACAGACCAGUGGGCCAACUUAUUUCCAAAUCAUGUACACCUCUUGCAAUUAUCUUAUUAUCUAAAUAAUACAAAUGAUCUCAUCACUGAAGAGGAUCCUUUUCUAUAGCUCAAUCGGUUUGUAAGUUGUCAAGCGGGCGGUUAUGUGUGUUGGCGAGGUAGAGAACCCUGGUCAAGCAAGCCCAGUCAGAGACAAGUUUAGGGAGGCAGCGCUAUAUGCUAAGCUAUCACACUGGCACCGGUUAUACAGUAUCUACCCUCAGUGGUCGUCAUGAGUGCCAGGUAACUGUUUCCUUCAUCUUGUGUUGGUUGCAGGAUCUUCCUGUCACUGAUGGAGACGGCUGGUCUGACUGACCUGCUCAAACAGGAAGGAGAAUACACUCUGUUCGCUCCCAGUGAUGAGGCCUUCGCUGGCGUCAGGGACAGUGACCUGGCUCUGCUCAAAGGUUAGUUCAUCUCUCUCUCCAUCUCUCUGUCACUCUCUCCAUCCUUCUUAGUCUGUCUCAGUCUCUCAUAGCCAGAGGUUUUUCUUGUCAGGCCACAUCAUGAUGGUCAGGAAAAACUGCUGACCUUAACCAUAGCUACCAUAGCUACUAGCUAUCUCCUAAAGGUUGUAAUGUCAAAGGAACAUCCAAAAGACUUAGAGUUAGUAGUUGUAUGUACGAUACCUACUAUGGUACCAUAGUCCUCCGUCUAAAGUCCUGUCUGUCCUGGCUAGGUAAUAUGAACGCCCUGCGGACCAUCCUGCUCUACCACUUCAGUAACGGAGUGUUUAUCGGCGGAGGUCUGGAGACUGGGGUGACCAACCUCCUCAAGUCUCUACAGGGCAACAACCUCCGAGUGCUGCAUGUGAGUCGAAACCUUUCAACACUCAACAAGGCUGUAAAUAUAAGAAAUCAUGGCAUUUUCCAAUGUACGUUGUAUGAAAAGCUGGAACAAAACCAAGCAAUUAUCACACAGAUCCUGAACAGAUUGUGCAAUGUUUUUACAGUGAAUCAAGAGCCUCUCAUCCAGAUCCACUCAGUAUUACCAACAUCCGCAAUCCUUUGUCAUCAACAAUGUAAAUAAAUGUUUAAACUAGGAAUUAGGGCUAACUAUCACUUAUUGGAACACAUAUAUAACAGUUCUGUCACGUUCGUUGAAGGACGGGUCAGACCAAGGCGCAGCGUGAUAUGCAUACAUGUUUAUUUUAGCUUAAUAAACACUCGACAAAACAAUAAACGAAACGAACCGUGAAGUCCAAGGUAGCACACACAACAUACCUUACAAGGAACAAGAUCCCACAACUAGACAGUGCCAAUAGGCUGCUUAUGUAUGGUCCCCAAUCAGAGACAACGAGCGACAGCUGCCUCUGAUUGGGAACCACACCGGCCAACAUAGAUCCACACAUACUAGAACGACAACAUAGACAAAGCACAACAAGGAAUAUACACACCCUGACUCAACAUAUAAGCGUCCCCUGAGUCAGGGCGUGACAGUACCCCCCCCCCCCCCCCCCCCCCCCCCCCAAAGGUGCGGACUCCGACCGCACAACAUAAACAUAACAGGGUAGGGGCCGGGUGGGCAUUCCGCCUCGGAGGCGGAUCCGGCUCGGGGUGUGACGACCUCUCACUCUCCACCUCCCUGUUGCGCCCCUGGUCUGGUCUGGACCUCGGCGCGCUGCUUCCCCUCUCCUUCCUCCCACGAUACGCCAGGCCCUGUCUGGACCCUGGUGUGGGAGACCCCGAACCUGGAGAGGGGCUGACAUGCUGACAAGACUUUCACAAAUGCUUGCAUCGACCUUUGAUAUUUACUGUUUUAACUUUGGGUUAAUUUUAUUAUUAGCUUUUAAGUUUUAUUACAGCAAUGUCCUUAGGGUCAUAUUCUAAGAUAAUUUUUAAAAAAUCAUUUUUUCAAAUUAAAAAAAUGUGAGGUCCCUGGAUGUUUGUAGUGCAGACUAUUCAUGAUUUAGUUUAGAUUACAACAGACAGUUGCAUUCAACUGCUACCAAUUACUUUACACUGGAAGAAGUUAAGCUACACUAAAUCUACCCUUAAAAAAUAUAGUUUACUUAACCAAAGUUACUUUGAAAAAGUAGUUCACUACAUCCAAACUACUUUGUGAUACAUGAUCAACAGUUUUGGUACAUCUGAAAUGUCUAGACUACUGUAGUGGUCGGUUUUUUUGCGUGGUGCCGCCAUCAAGGAGUCUGCUUAAAAGCUGCACCGUGUUUUAGAGGCUUUUAUUAAUAUCACGAGGUUACCGCAUAUGACAGACCCGCGCCAGGUCCGGAGAAAAAGCAGUCCCAAAUGAAUCUCAAUUUGCUUUCUGCCCCUCCUUCGUUUUCCCCCAGUAUUAUAAACUCCCAGAUGUGGGUUGGCUCCCUCUACUGUCCAUCCCCGUGUCUACAAACCUUCUGUCUGUUGUAUGUGCGUUACCUAAACACAUUCCCAUCUUGAUAAUAAAAUCACAUUCUUUCAGUUCCACUUAAAAACAUUUAACCCUUCAUAAUCUCAAUACCCUACACCACAAUUGCAGACUAUCACUUUGGGGGUCAUAUGUUAACAUCAUGUUUAAUUUGCCUAGUUAAACACAAAAACAUGUUUCAGUGAACUUAGGCAGGUCUGUGGGGGGCCUACAAAAAGAGUGGGUAGUUUACCAGUAGUUGCUUCACCGCUACAAGCCAAAAAAAAAAGUAAUUAACUACUGAAACCACUACCUAGAUUUGAAUUUGUUUAACUACACCAAGUUACUGCAAAAUGUAGUUAAGCUACUAGUUGAACUACAUGUAGUUCACUACUCCACAACACUGACUGUUUCAAGUGUUCUGUAUAUAAUGUAGUCAACGCCAACCUAAUUGAGAAACAUAUGGCACAUUACCAGAUGGUACUCAUAACUCAUCUCAUUGUGGUUGUCUUGUCUGUAAUCAUCCAUCAGUGUUUCUAUCUUAAUCCUCUCUACUCCUCUCCUCCAGGCUAACAACACAAUCAGAGUGAACACUAUUGAGGUCCCUAAACACGAUAUCAUGGCCACUAAUGGAGUCAUUCACUUUGUCAAAACCCUCCUCUACCCAGGAGGUAAGACUGACUCAAACCUUUCUGACUGCCAGCUCCUCUGUUGGAGAAACUGAUUAUACCCUGAUUACAUUGUCAUGUGUUGAGAGACGCACUGUGCAGGGAAUAAUUUAUUUAUAUAUUAUAUAUAUUUAGCAGUGCUAAAUGGUACGUUUAACACCCUGUGCUGUGCUAUGCUGUAUGUACGCUAAUGUAAAGUGUUACCUGUAUGUAGAGGUAACUGCCAAAAUAAAGGACACGCCAACAUAAAGUGUCUUAAUAGGGCGUUGGGCCAACACGAGCCCGAACAUGGUUUUAUGCCAUGUAGACCAUGGCAUAUGGUUUACAUUGUUUUCAUGCUCAUCAAAUCAUUCAGUGAGCACUCAUGCCCUGUGGAUAGGGGCAUUGUCAUCCUAUGGGCGCAUAGCCAUGGUAGCCAAAAUAUUGGCCAAAAUAAUGGCCUGCCCUGCAUUUUUAUACAUUACCCUAAGCAUGAUGGUAUGUUAAUUGCUUAAUUAACUCAGGAACCACACCUGUGUGGAAGCACCUGCUUUCAAUAUACCUUGUAUCCCUCAUUUACUCAAGUGUUUCCUUUAUUUUAGCAGUAACCUUUAUGUACCCUAUUGUAAAUUGUUACCAGUAUGUGUAACACGCUGUACUGUGCUGUGCUGUAUGUACCCUAGUAUAAAGUGUUACCAGCAUGUCUAACACUCUGUACUUUAUUGUCCUGUAGAGCUGCCUGCUGGAAACUCUGACCUGCUGGGGCUGCUGAGAAGACUCAUCAAGUACAUGGAGAUCAAGGUACUGUACCAGGCCACACCCACAUAAAGGAACAGACCACGCCCAUAUAAUGAACCAGGACAGUAGGCCGCACCCACAUGACUAUCGUAACCACAGCGUUACUUACAGUACUGAACAAGGCCAGACAGGUUCUUAUGAUUAGGAAUAUGACUAAAAUGUUAGAGAACCCUGAGCUAACAAGAUGAGAUUAACAUCUAAGUGUUUGUUAAAAAAUUACCUUAAGAUGACAAGACGUCAUGUAAAGCCUUGAACAAAUACAGUACCCACCACAUAAUAGAGGCAGAUAUUUCUCCUGUCUUCACAAAUCCCAGGCAGUGCAUCUGAAGGUUCAUUGUUGCCCUCUGCAUUGGAGUUGAGCAGAACGAUGUGUACACAGACCUAUAAUAAUAUGGUUUACAGCCUCUAAUCCUUCUUUCUAUUCAUUCACAGUUCGUGUCAGGGUACAGCUAUAAGGAAAUUCCCCUCACAUUCAUGAGUGAGUACAACUAUAUCAGUCCAAGCCUUAGAUUUCCGCUGUACCUUUUUGCAUUGCAACUAUUUGUAACUUUGUUGUUGUCCAGUGACUAACUGCUGUGUGUCUUCUGUUUCCUUCAGAGAGGAUGACCAUCACACGCGUCAUUGAGUCAGGUAAGUUACAGUUAAAGGAUCGAAGCAACAUCCUUCAUGCAUAAAUCUUAGCUUUGUGUAGUACAAAACAUUAGGAACACCUUCCUAAUAUUGAGUUGCACCCCCUUUUGCCCUCAGAACAGCCUCAAUUCGUCGGUGUAUGAACUCUACAAGGUGUAAAAAGCGUUCAACAAGGAUGCUGGCCCAUGGUGACUCCAAUGCUUCCCUCAGUUAUAUCAAGUUGGCUGGAUGUCCUUUGGGUGGUGGACCAUUAAUACACAUGGGAAACUGUUGAGCGUGAAAAACCCAGCAGCAAUUCAUUACUUGACACACUCAAACUGGUGCACCUGGCACCUCCUACCAUACCAUAUUUUGUCUUGCCCAUUCACCCCCUGAAUGGCACACAUACACAAUCCAUGUCUCAAUUGCCUCAAGGCUUAAAAAUGCUUUUUUAACCUGUCUCCUCCCCUUCAUCGACACUGAUUGAAGUGGAUUUAACAAGUGACAUCAGUAAGGGAUCAUAGGUUUCACCUGGAUUCACCUGGUUAGUCUAUGUCAUGUAAUGUUUUGUACACUCAGUGUAUAUCAUUUUACAUGAUAUCACAUUUAGUCUUGGAAAGACUUAAACAUUGUGCUACAAGAGUUGAUAGAAUAGUUGGCACAGUUCAGAUAGGGAGGAUCUUGGCCUUCAAUGAGAUUCAUGACCCAUGUCCAAGAGGAAGAACUAUUAUGGCUGUUCAGAUAUUUACAGUACAGACAGCAACAAUAGAAGACUUGCCAUAGUAGCAGACACCUGGGAAGGUUUUAUCUGUUCUGGGUAAAAUAACCGUUCUUUAUUGGGCUUAAUCCUGACCUUUGAUUUGUGUGGUUAAUUCCUGACGUCGUUACUGUUUAUGCAAUUAUCUCCAGUCAAGAUUCUGAAAGAGAUAUUUGGGAAAACUGAUGUCUUGGAGAAAGCCUCUACCUGUAAAGUAUCCGCAAAGCAAGUCCUUUGAUUAUGUAAUAUAUUCCAGUCAUAUGAAUCCUUUUAGAGCCAGUGAAAUGUUGCCAUUCAGUCUAAUAUGAUAAAACCUAUAAACUAUCAUCUCUGUUAAUCAAGGAGUAGAGGAGCCACUGACAUACUACAUGUCUGUAGUUCAUGGAGUCUAGAGUUUCUAAGUUCAUUCGAACCUUCAGAUCUUACUAGUGUGCCCUUUAAACUUCAUGUUCUUCAAUUAUACUUUUGUUGUUGUUUAUUCCAGUUGUUAAACUUGUUGUCCUCUCUCUCUUUCUAAAGUUCCUGAUGUGACCCAUGUUACUAGGGUUAUCGAAAGGGAACCUACCAUCACCAAGGUGACAAGGGUGAUUGAGGGAGAGCCUACCAUCACCAAGGUAACACCAAUGCAACAACCCAUGUUUCAACAGUUGUAUCCAUCCAUGUACCCACCAAAUCACUUUGAGCAUCGGGAAAAGCAUUAUAUAAAUCUAAUACAUGAUUAUGAUUAUUAGGUGACCAGAGUCAUUGAAGGCAAGCCAAAGUUCACCAAGGUCACUAGAGUCAUCGAGGGAGAGCCCAAGGUCACCAAAGUUACCAGAGUGGUCCCAGGUAUGCACCUCACAGACACACAGGUCUUUCUUGACUCUUGUCCAUGAGGUCUGAAGAACUCUGGGUACAUAGUAACAUCUAGUAAAAUAAACGUAUUGUAGGCUACUGUAUGCUAUGCCUGUUUUGGUCUAUAGUUGCUAUAUAGUGUAUUGAUGCACUAUAUGAAACAAAGAAGGGUGUGUUUGGGUUGCUGAGGUGAGACACAGGUCUACAGAUGUGAGUGUGUUGUACUGAAUGCCCUCUACUGUACGUCACCCACCUCAUGACUCCUACAGCUGCCCCUCUGUGAAAACAUUAUGUUUCUAUGUGAAGACUGAUGUAGUUUCAAUAUGAUGUCAUCCACAGGUCCUCAGUACUUGGCCAGCAACAGUGGCUCCAGCAGUGGUAUCUCCAACAUCGAGCUGGAAGGUCAGUAACAUCACCCCUCUGGUCGUAGAUAGAUAACUUAAUAUAGAAGAUAUAAUACAAUGUUUCGUUGAAAAUCACGUAUAUGCAUGUCACUGGGUGGACAUGUGACAGGUUCUGUUAGAUUCUGUGUUUAGCAGAUAGUGUGAAGCAGAGACUGACAAACAGGAUUCAAACUAACUGUCACAUUUCCACCCUGUGAUAUUUGGCAUAGUCAGCAGUAUUAGUCAAUUGCCCAAUAGAAUUGCUUGUUUCGUCAGGAUACAUAGUAGUCCCAUCUGUGACAUAUACAGUAACAUCCCUGUCUCCGUCCUGUAGGUGCUGACUCCUUCCAUAUCUCCACCAUCGAGGGAAACCCCUCAAUGCUCGACAUGGACUCUGAAAAAAUCACCAAGUUCAUCCAAGGUAAGAGACACAUCUAAACCCCAUUCAUGAUUAAGAUGUGGUUUCUGUUGUGAAUGAGGUUUGGGUUCUGUAGGGUUCUAUAAUGACUAAGGUUUAUGUUCUUUAAGGUUCUGUAGUGACCAACAUUUGGGUUCUUAAAGGUUCUAUAAUGACUGAGGUUUAAAUUUGUCUUCACAGAGGGAAACCCAAAACGAGUAACUGGCAGGAGAAUUCCAGGUAAAACAUGAUUCCUUGAUAACAUAACAUAAUGUUAGACCGUGUUGGGGGAUUCAAAUGAUGGGUAAUGUCAUCCUAUGAGGAUCUGUGAUUUGAGACCAUAGACAUAGAAUGACCACCUAUCAUUGAACAUUGACUUGAAUGGGAAUGAUUAACUCUACCCACAUGUACACAUUACCUUAAUUACCUCGACUAACCUGUGCCCCUGCACAUUGACUCUGUACCGGUACCCCUGUAUAUAGCCUCCCUACUGUUAUUUUGUUUUACUGCUGCUCUUUAAUUAUUUGCACAUUUUAUUUUUUACUUAUCUAUUUUAUACUUAACACUUCCUUUUAUUUUUUUACUGCAUUGUUGGUUAAGGGCUUGUAAGUAAGCAUUUCACUGUAAGGUCUACACCUGUUGUAUUCGGCGCAUGUGGCAAAUACAAUUUGAUUUGAUUUGGAAUGUUCAUUCUAGGAACUUUAUUUCUAUGAUUUUGAGUGUAUGAUGAUCUUUCUGUUGUCUCUGUUCCUAGCUGGUUCCAGAAGGAGAGUCAGACCAGAGGAACAAAGAGCAUGAACAUGGACAGACGAGGUGA